CCCAUUGCACCGAGAGUGAGAGAGAGAGACCAGCUUGCCUACAGACUAUCACCAGUCAGUUAGUUGCAGCAACCUUGUAACGGACAACUCUCCUCCCAGUCGGCCCUGAACAUUUAGCCAGAGAAGCGGCCAGCAUGGAGAACUUGUACGAGACCGUAGAGGAGGGGAGCGUGUAUGAGCGGCCCGACAGUCCUGCCGAGGCCAAGUAUGAGAACCAAGGAGUUAUCUAUGAAACUCCCAGUGAGGUGGAAGAGGCGUUGCACAGAGAGGAGCAGGUGUACUCAUCCCCGAGAGGGAAGCGAUCUUCGCCGGACUACAUGGACACCAGAGACGCGCCGGAACAGGCAGCAGAGAAAGAUUGUUCUUCUUCAGCCUCCUCGUACGGCAACAACGAGGACGAUAAGUGCAUGGUGGAGGAGAUUAAAUUAGCAGCAGAGGUUGAGGCUGUGCUCGAGGUUAACCGUGAUGGAGCUGGCUCGAGACGGUCAUCGUCAUCAUCAUCCUCCUCUUCCUCCUCCAAGCACGAGGGCAACCUGCAGGACAGGCUGGUGGAUGCCUACAGCCACAGUGAGAAGAGUCUGAGCGACAAGGAGGAGGAAGAACCGGUGGACUACAGUCUGAAGACCAUCGAGACUCUAGAAGCCAUUACUCUGAACGAGGACAGUGCCACUCCUGAUGACCCUAAUGCACCCGAAAUCUCCCUGUUUGUCAAGGCGGGUAGUGAUGGAGAGAGUAUCGGGAACUGUCCGUUCUCCCAGCGUCUCUUCAUGAUCCUGUGGCUGAAGGGAGUGGUCUUCAAUGUCACCACCGUCGACCUUAAGAGGAAGCCAGCUGACCUCCAUAACCUAGCGCCAGGGACCCAUCCUCCCUUCCUGACAUUUAAUGGAGAGGUGAAGACAGACAUCAACAAGAUAGAAGAGUUCCUGGAGGAUGUACUGGCUCCACCCAAGUACCCUAAGUUGGCAGCCAAGCAGAGAGAGUCCAACACAGCUGGAAACAACAUCUUUGCCAAGUUCUCAGCGUACAUCAAGAACACCAAGCCUGAAGCUAAUGGAGUCCUGGAGAAGGGUCUGCUGAAGGCACUGAAGAAGUUAGAUGACUACCUGGCUGGUCCCCUCCCAGAGGAGAUUGAUGCAGACAGCAUGGAGGAGGAGAGGGGGUCCACCAGACGCUUCCUGGAUGGAGAUGACCUCACCCUGGCUGACUGCAACCUACUGCCCAAACUACAUAUAGUCAAGGUGGUUGCCAAGAAGUAUCGUAACUAUGAGAUUCCGUCUGAGCUGGGUGGGGUGUGGCGCUAUCUGAAGAAUGCCUACACACGAGACGAGUUCACCAACACCUGCGCUGCCGACAACGAGAUAGAGAUGGCUUACCUGGAUGUGGCCAAGAGACUGGAGAAGUGACAUUUAACCCCUAACCUCUAACCUACAACCAUGAUUUUUAACCCCUGGCCUCUAACCCCUGACCUCUAACCCCUGUCCUCUAAACUACAAGCCUGACUUAUAACCCCCUGACACCUAAUCCCUGACCUCUAACCCCUGACCUCUAACCCCUGUCCUCUAACCUACAAGCCUGAUUUUUAACCCCUUGAAACCUAAUCCCUGACCUUUAACCCCUGACCUCUAAUCCCUGACCUCUAACCCCUGAUCUCUAACCCCUGACCUCUAACCCCUGACCUCUAACCUACAAGCGUGAUUUUUAACCCCUUGAAACCUAACCCCUGACCUCUAAUCCCUGACCUCUAAUCCCUGACCUCUAACCCCUGAACUCUAAUCCCUGACUUCUAACCCCUGACCUCUAACCUACAAGUGAUUUUUAACCCCUUGAAACCUAACCCCUGACCUCUAACCCCUGACCUCUAACCCCUGACCUCUAACCCCUGACCUCUAACCCCUGACCUCUAACCUACAAGCGUGAUUUUUAACCCCUUGAAACCUAAUCCCUGAUCUCUAACCUCUAACUCCUGACCUCUAACCCCUGAUCUCUAAUCCCUGACCUCUAACCCCAGACCUCUAAUCCUUGACCUCUAACCCCUGAUCUCUAACCCCUGACUUCUAACCCCUGACCUCUAACCUACAAGCGUGAUUUUUAACCCCUUGACUCCGAAUCCCAACCCAUAUCAGCAGUUACCAUGAAGCCAGUCCACAGUGACCAGCUGGUUGUAUUUAUUCAUAAUUUCCCCUGCUGUCGUCUGCCUCCACCAUCAACAUCUGGCUACUGAUUAUACUAAUAUAUUGAUUGAUGUAUUGAUCUGUAAUUGAUAAUACACUACGUUGAAAGGUCCAUUACAAUCACGAGCUUCACUUGGUUGAUUUUCAUAUCGUUUUGCUGUAGUCUCUCUAUUUGAGACAGAUCUUAUGUUGAGAAGUUGAUUUGAUCAUUUGUUAACAAAUUUUAAUGUAUUUUCAAAACUUUUGAACAAACAAGGAGAAAAGGUGUUGUGUAUUAAGAGAACAUUACUAUGGGUGUAUUCCAGGGCCCUAUUGCCCUAUAGUGCACGAGUCAUGACCAGCACCAUAGGGAACAGGGUGACUAUAGGGAACAGGGUGACUAUAGGGAACAGGGUGACCAUAGGGAACAGGGUUACUAUA